AUGGGAUUAUUCAGCAAGAAGAAAAAGAAAGAUCGGACGUAUCGCAGCGAGGAGGCCAAGGAUGAUCCGGAUCCCGACUUUAAGAAGAAGAAAGAUCCAUAUCUCAUCAUCGGGGAUGCCCCGCCGAAGCCAUUUUUCGCUGGCGCGGGCCUGUCUUCCAACACAACCUACCAGGUUCAGAGGGGUCGAUCAGGGGACCAAGGAGAGGAGAAACCAGGUGUGCCCGGGCCAGUCAAGCCGGUGAUCCCAGACCGGCCGGGCAAGGUGGUGCACGUGCUCAAGCUGCUGCAGGCAGCGUGCGUCGUCUAUGUGGUGUUUCUUGCGCUGUUCAUCAAGUGGCUGAAGCCCCAACCCUUAACCCUGUUCAGCUCCAUUCUGCUGGGCAUCGCCCUGGGCAUCGGCUACAGCUUCCUGCACCAGUACUACCGGACCCGCCAGAACCAGCUCAGCGAGCUGCUGAACUUGGUCCCGGGGCGGAAGGGGCUUAGGACUGCACUGGGGGAAGUGCCCUCGUGGGUGGCCUUCCAGGACAAGGAGAAGGUUGAGUGGCUGAACCGCAUGCUGCAAGGCAUGUGGCCGUACUACGACAAGGCGAUCGGGGCGGCCAUAAAGGAGGCGGUGGAGCCCAUGAUGGAGCAGUACAAACCGCCAGGCCUCAUCAAGAAGAUCUACUUUGCCAAGCUGACCUUUGGUGAUGCGCCCAUGCGCAUCGACAACGUCUGGGUUGAAGACGAGGGGGACCAGCACGUGCUGCUGGAGGUGGCGUUCAGGUGGGCAGGGGAUGCAAACAUCGCCAUCGCCAUAGAGCUGCCGGCGGGCGGCGAGCAAACGCGGCUGGUGCCCAAGGUGACAGACCUGCAAGUGGCCGGCGUUGCGCGAGUCAUCCUCAGCCCGCUCGUCCCGGUCAUCCCCGGCUUUGGCGCAGCCGUCAUCGCGCUCAGGAAGCCGCCGCUGAUCCGGUUCAAGCUGGACUUUGGCAAGGCGUUUGGCGGCAGCCUGGUGGCCAAGCCUAUCCGGCUGUGGCUGGACCCCUUCAUCCGCGAAACGCUGUCCAACAUGAUCGUCUGGCCCAAUCGCAUCGUCGUCCCCAUGCUGCCCGAGGAAGCCACCGGCUCACUCGACCACCUCUACCUGCGGCAUGUGGGUCUGCUGGUGGUGCACGUGGCGCAGGCGCGCGACCUGAAGAAGGUGGACACCAUCGGCAAGUCCGACCCCUUCGUGGAACUCCACACGCAGCCCAACGCCGUAGCCAAGACGGAGGUGCAGAAGCGGACGCUGACGCCCAAGUGGGAGGAGGACAAGUGGCUGCUGGUGCAGGAGCCCAAGACGCAGAUCAUGCGCGUGCAGGUCUUCGACCACGACGUCGUCAACCUCAAGGAGCUCAUCAGCAUCAACGUGGUGAAGGGCAUCAAGGACACGGUGGGUGCCAGGACCUUCCUGGGCCGCGCUGCCAUCCCCGUACGCCCCUUCGCCGACCGGCCGGGCGAGACCGUGCAGGACUGGUACGACCUGGGCAAGGGCGAGUGGUCCAACGAGGACGGCACGGGCAAGGGUGAGGGCCAGCUGGAGCUGAAGGUGACCUACUUCCCCUUCGAGCUGCUCUACAGCAAGCCUCGCGACGCAUCCCUGGGGGCGGUACUGGUAACACUGAAGAAGGUGUCAAAUCUGCCGGCGGCUGACGGCAACGGCACGAGCGACCCCUACGUGCGCUUUGAGCUAGAUGACCACAAGCGCACCUCCUCCGUCCAGCAGAAGACCCUCAACGGCUCCUGGAACGAGAAAUUUGAGUGGCUCUACGUGCCAGUGGUGGAGGUUUUGGAGGCGACUGUGUGGGACAAUGACCCGCUGAGCAACGACAACUGCCUGGGUGUGGUGGAAAUCGACAUCGCGCAGGACGUUGCCAAGGUGCCCGGCGGGCGCAUCUACAAGACCUGGUACCUCGAGGACGUGCCCAAGGACGUCAAGACGAAGAAGGUGCCGAGCGCAAACAUCACCAUGCAGGUCCAGUGGGUGCCGUUCGACUUCAGCAUGUGAGCGGCCCAACAGCGCUGUAUUAUCGCCAAUGCAGCAGUCCCAUAUACAAGAAGCCUAAGCCCUGAAGGAGCGAGCUCAGAUCUCUUUUCAUGAUGCUUCCCUGGAAGGGCAACAGACGAUGCAAAGGAGCAGACGGAUGCAUAUGUGAGAAUUGAGUCAUGCAUAUGGCUGUUACCAUGAGGGACACAGCAGCGGCGGGUAAGCAUGAAUGCUUCUGAGCGGUAGCCAUAUUUUAAUGAAUCGGCCGCACCCCGACAAAAAAUUCAUGGCGCAUGCGCAGUGAGCACUCAUGACCAAGGCUCCAUGCUCUCAAGAAGUUUUUUCUUCCUUGACAAGCAAGGCGGGCAAUCAAUAUAUAUAAGAGGUCUUUCGGGAAUGGGAUUUCCUUCAGCUGUGUAUAUGUUUAUCCAAGGGUGAUGCAGCACCAUGCUCGGGAGUCGAUUUCAUGUAGCUCAACAAAAGGUUCUUGUUUUGUAGCGACAUACACCAUAUGCACCACUUAUAGAAGCAGAGACCAAUGGAUGGUCAUAUUCAAGCUCUCGAGAGCACAUCUCACCAUUUGAAAUGUUAUCAAUCUUGCACUUACACUGUUCUGAAGGCGAUAUGCAACACCUGAAGUAUGAGCUCUUAUUCAACUUGUGUACACCACCAUGUGACAGUCCUGCCGUAUGUCUGCCCCAGUUUGAGAAAGUCUCCUGUCCUUGAGCAGUCUGCUGAUCAUUUGGAUUUCAAGUCUUCAUUUCUGUAAAGAGACCAUCUUUUGACAGUACUGAGAGAUCACCUUAAACAGUGGAGUCUGGCAAUCCAUGGCAGGUGUAAAAAUUGCACAUGCA